UCUGACCUUGCUUACCAGUAGUGCUGCUGCCACAAGGAACAUGAACAUAAUCGACCGGUGCUGGCGACGCCAUCCAAACUGGUCGGCCAACCGGCAGCGGCUCGCCAAGUGCUCGGUGGGGUUCGCCGGCAAGAUGCUGCGGAACAGGGGCCGUGAAUUGACGCGGUACACCGUCACCGACCCCAGCGACGACCCUCUAAACCCUCGACCUGGCACCCUGCGAUACGGCGCCACGAUGCUUCGAGGUAAGGUAUGGAUCACCUUCCAGAGGGACAUGGACAUCAAGCUCCUGCAACCGCUCAUCGUGAAGAGCUCGACCACCAUCGACGGCCGCGGCGCCGACGUCCGCAUCGCCCAUGGUGCCGGCUUCUUGAUUCAUAAGGUGAAAAAUGUCAUCAUCCAUGGGCUCCGUUUCCACCACAUACGUGCACAACCGGCUGGGCUGACGAGAGACCCGCAGGGUCAUUUGGCGAGCUUGGGAGUGGACGGGGACGCCAUCCGGAUCGCGGCCUCGAGGAAGGUCUGGAUCGAUCACAACGAGCUCUACGAGUGCGAGGACGGGCUCAUGGACGUGACGCUGGGCUCCACGGCGAUCACCAUCUCCAACAACUGGUUCCGGGACCAUGACAAGGUGAUGCUGCUAGGCCACGAUGACAGCUUCUCCAUGGACAAGAACAUGAAGGUGACCAUUGUGUACAACCGCUUCGGUCCCAACUGCAACCAACGCAUGCCAAGGAUUAGACAUGGAUAUGCGCAUGUGGUGAACAACGUAUACGAAGGAUGGGGAGAGUACGCCAUUGGUGGAAGCAUGAACGCCAGUGUCCUAAGUGAAGGGAAUCUGUUCGUAGCAUCAGACAAGAAGAAGGUGAGCAGCAAGUGCAAUUUUAGAACGCUUUCUAGGAGAUUAUUUUUCAGUUAGUUGUAUUGAUGGGAAUGGAUAUGGGAUCGAUAUUUUAGGUGACAUUGAGGAUGCCUGGUAAAGGAGCAAAUGCAUGGAAUUGGAGGUCGGAGAGCGAUGCCUUCAACAAUGGAGCCUUCUUCAAGGAGGUCGGGGUGGUGAAGGCUCGGCCCGCGUACAGGAAGCACCAGAGUUUUCCAGUUGGGAAUGCUGGGGAAGUGAGGGCUUUGACGAGGUAUGCAGGUGCUGUCCGUUGCUUGGUAGGGUUUGUGUGCUGAUGGAAUCCUUGAAGGGAAGUGGACACAGCUGUUGCUCCUGCCUCUUGUGUCUAUGAGUGGAUUAAAGGUCAAGUAAAAAUGUAGGCUAGCUAUGCAUAUGCCUUCGUAUAGAUUUGCUUGAGUAGUGUACUGUGUUAGUCUCUCGGUUGCUUUGAGGGUUGAGGAUGAAGUUGGCUGAGCUACAUUGCAUGGGUGGGUUUGUUUUGAUGACUUCUUUCCUGUUUUCUCUAGUUAUCAUAAUGGGAAAACUAUGUCAGGGUUCAAGAUCUCAUGAGGCCACUUGAGCCAUCAAAACUCUGUUAUAUAUGACAUCUAAUCAACUUGUCUUUUUUAAUGGUGACAUCUUUUCUUUUUCUGAUUUGAUAAAAUUCCUUCCAAGGUUUCAGCAGAAAACCUACUAACAUAUGAAGAAAGGCUGCAAUUGUUAGGCUAUAAUCCAGCAUGCAAGUGGGCAUAGAUUUAUAUAAGUGAUUGUUAAAAGAGAAAUAUGUAAAGAAGUAAGGUUAAUCAAGAAAAUUAAGAUCUUAAUAUGGAACAAUUAAUUGGAAGAAAAGGUGGAAAAAGGUUUUAAUAUAAUAAAAUUACUCUAGUUUCCAAAUUCCAAUUAAAAAGAACGUCUUAUUCCCAAGAAAGUAAUCCUCCAUUUGUCAAAAAGCCUGAUGAUUCGGAUGGGUGCACGAGGAAUUGUUUCAGAUCUAUGAAAAAAGAUUUUGUUGGGUUUUUUUUUUGUCUCCUAUUUUUGCCUCUUUUGUAGGUGCGAUGGUUUUUCAGGAUCAUUAAUCAUCAUAGCGCACAUGGCUACUUGAUGGAUGAACAACCAUUCACAGUAAGAGAAGAUAAUGGAUAAAGCAAACGACAAAAGAAGAAAAUAGAUAAAACGAACUAUAAGCUCAAGCUAUCUCAUAUAUCAAAUAGUUUAGUAAUCAUAAUCUGAUCCUUCACCAUCUACCACAUGAUCUAUGUAUACUAGUCUAAGCAUUAAUCAUGUUCCAACUUACUAAGCACCCAUUACAAUUUCCAAAUCCAAAAUAAAUGCAAUCACAACUUACUAGAAACACAACUUACUAGAAAUUAAAGAGAUAAGACUUUGACUUUUUGACUAAAGGUAGUUUCUUCUACACUAUAUCAUCUUCCCCAGGUGAGAAAGAACUCAUCCUCGAGUUGUCAUCCAAAAUCACUAUGAUACACCAAUAUGUGACGCAUAUGAAAUGCAAGAGGAAUGUAGAAUCUAAACCCAUAAUUCAAUUUGACUUGCAAAAAUGUCAUGUCCACUUUUUGCCAAUAAAUUUCAAAGUCAAAUAAAGCUCCAAACCGUGACCAAAGAUCCUUGAGAAUAUCAUCUUCAUUUGAAAGUGCUAUGAAUAUCUCCCUUUGACAUAGGAUCUUUGGAUUGUUAUUAAGGAAAUCACUCAAUAACCUCCUGAAAUCAAACAAACCCUUCAAGCAUUUGAACUCAUGAUUUCUGAAAGAUGGAGUUUGGCGCCACAUUAUCAUGCUAAAAUAAUCUCUAAGCUCUUUAAAGCAUAGUUCUCCACAUGUCUUACGAAAGCCAACAUUAAAAAGGUCUACUCCUUGAGAAGAGAGUAAGACCCACUCCUUACUCUCAUCCAAGACAACAACAUUAGUAUCAUGAUAAAUUUCUUCUAAUGACAAAGACAAAUGCUGUGAGAACAUUAGACCAUUAUUCUGAAUCUGUUCUUCAUCCGAAUAAACAUCAUAUACUAGUGGAGAAUCCCAAUCCACACAACAUUCUCCUUUUUUAAUGUCACAAAUAUUUUCUUGAAGAUUGAAAUAUUUGAAUUAUGCCAAACUUCAUUUGAAUCAAACCUUAGAGUUGUAAGCACCCUAUGGAUCAUAAGACUUUCACCUUCUUCUGGUUCAACCUCCACACGCUCAAUGUCACCUUUUUCAUCAUACACGGGUUGUUUUGAGCUAUCAAGAUCUUCUUCUUUCAUAAGAUUUACAUGAGCAUCAACUUGUCCUUUGGGCAAGUGUAGUAAUAAUGACUAACCUCUUCACACUUGAAACAAGAAUUAGAUUUAUUGCCACAAUCAUAAGAAUUUGAAUUAGUAUCCUUACCAUGAGAAGAGUCUCCUUUGGAUGAUGGGUAAAAAUUUUGUACCUCCACAAAUUUCUUCCUUCCACUACGAGCAAGUUUAGCCUUUAUUUUUAAGGCUAGUUGAUACACAUCAUUGAGUUUUUAUAAUCGAUGCAUUUCUAUUUCAUCCCGAAUUAGAAUUCUUAGACCUCCAACAUACCUCGCCAUAAGUUGUUCUUCGAAUUCUUGAAAAUCAUUGUGAGCCAUUAACUUAUAGAAUUCUUUGGUGUAAUCAAUCACACUUCUAGACUCUCGACGAAAAUUGUUGAACUAAGAAAAUGCUAAUUGAGCAAAAUCCACUGGAAGAAAUUUUUCCUUAAGCCUAGAUUUCAUUUUCUCCUAAGAAGAAAUAUUAGGCUUUUCCUUGUGAAGCUGCAUCUCUUGAACUCUAUUCCACCAUGCUAAAGCAUACCACAAAGCCUUGUAGCAACAAGCUUCACUUUUUAAAUCUCCAAUGUCUCCUUAUAUUCAAAAAAAUUUUCAAUGACGCUAAGCCAUUCAAAAAACUUUUCAGGUUGAAGGCGACCAUGAAAUUCCAGUAAAUCAAUAUUCAAAGUGUCGGAAUCAUGAUAGAACAUCCUUUCCAUUCAUCCUCCAUGAUUGGCAAUUGGAUUCACAUCGGAUUCGUCACUAGAAGACCCACGACUUGAACCACCUUGCUCACUACGAGCUUCUAAGCGCUCAAGAUGCAAAAUAAGUUCCUCGACUUGUCUUCGAAAUGCUUGAAGUUUAUCAUCCCUUUCAUCCCUCAUUGGUUGUCACGUCGUCCUCUACCUCUUCGUGCCACCAUGAGAAAGAAGAGAAUAACCUAAGAGCGUAAUCACAGGCUCUGAUACCAAAUGAUUGGGGGGGGGGUAGGCCAAAUGAAAGGAUAAAUGGAUGAACAAUCAUUCACAACAAAAGAAAAGAAUGGAUAAAACGAGCUACAAGAUCAAGCUAUCUCAUAUAUUAAAUAAUUUAGUAAUCACAAUCUGCCCUUCACCAUCUACCAUAUGGUCUAUAUAUAUUAGUCUAAGUAUUAAUCAUGCUCCAACUUACUAAGCAUCCAUUACAAUUUUCAAACCCAAAAUAAAUGCAAUCACAACUUACUAAUCACCCAUUACAAUUCUCAAAUCCAAAAUAAAUGCAAUCACAACUUACUAAGCACCCAUUACAAUUCUUAAAUUCAAAAUAAAUGCAAACACAACUAACUAAAUAUAACUUACUAGAAACACAACUAUUACUAUAAAUUAAAGAGAUAAGACUUUGACUUCUUGACCAAAAGUAGC